CCCCAUCAAACGGAUUUACAUAGUCUACAACAAGAGGACGGGGAAGCCUCGGGGCUAUGCAUUCAUCGAAUACGAGCACGAGCGAGACAUGCACUCCGCGUACAAGCAUGCGGACGGGAAGAAGAUUGAUGGCAGAAGGGUGUUGGUGGACGUGGAACGAGGACGCACUGUCAAAGGAUGGCAUCCUCGCAGGCUAGGUGGUGGAUUGGGUGGCACUAGGAGAGGUGGAGCUGAUGUGAACAUUAAGCACUCUGGCCGAGAUGAUGCAUCACGUUACGAUGAUCGCCCUCUGGGGGGUGAACGAGAGCGCGGAGACCGAAGAGAGCGCAGCCGGGAGCGCGACCGGGACAAGGACAGAGAGCGCCGGAGGUCCCGAUCACGCGAACGCCGCCGACGUACCCGUUCGCGGGAGAGGGAGAGAGAGAGACCGAUUGGAGGGGGAGAAGACGGUGGAGUUAGUAGCCGGCGUCGAGAGCGAGAGAGGGAGCGUGGGGGGGCAACGGGAGGAGACAGUAGGAGUAGAGAGAGGAGUAGAGAACGGAAGAGAAGGAGCAGGAGCCGAGAUCGCAAGAGAGACAGGGAGAGAGGCAAGGGACUGGAUGGAGAGGAGGUCAGCCAGGGAGAUGGUGCCCCUGAGGGUGGGGAGCGUAUGCUGGAGGAACAUGAAGGAGAAGUGGGGGAGGGUGUGGAGGAGCGCAGAGACAGGGAAAGAGAAAGGGACAGAGACCGCAGGCGCAGCCACAGGGACAGAGAGAGACGCAGGGGAGACCGUGACAGAGACAGGGAGCACAAGAGGGAGCGUGGGGACAGAGAAAGGGGGGACCGCAGAGAGGAGCGCCACGGCUCCCUACGAGACGACCUUGGGCCCCAGGAUGACAUUGGCAAUGAGGAUGAGGGAGGAGCACCACCUCACAUGGAGGAGUACAGUCAAGACGGGAUGAUGAUGGACCAGCAGUCAGUGCCAUCGGGUGACGGCUAUGGCUCCAGUGAAAACGGCUACAAGAUGGAGGCACCAGGAGAUGAGUACUGAUAUGGUCCCUGUCCCAGCAGGUCCCCACUCAGAAAUAAGUUGUUUCAUACUUAGACAUGGCCCAUAACUGCCUAUCAAGGCACAGGAAGCCUAAAUGAUGUUGGGGCUUCCUCAGCACCAGACAUCUAGCUAACUUUCUCCUAUCUGUAAAGAAUCUGUUAAAAUAAUUCCAAUUGAUACUGUUGCACACACAGUUGAUGCAUAACUGAUUUGAUCUCACUAAAGUUGCAGUUUUCCUGUUUUGCCCAACUAAUCCGUGCCACUAAAUGUUUUCAGAUUACCUUAGUGAUUCAAGAUGGUUUGUAUGUUUUUGUUUUUUUUCACUUUGCUUGGGAUGAACUGUGUAAACCAGAGCUCUAUUUGUUUUUAGAUGGGUAGAUUGUGUUGUCUUUUAUUUACAGAUUCAUAAAGCAGUUAGAUUGUAUGCUCAUUUGGACCCAGUGACCAAUUUCUGCUCAAUGUAUGUGAAAUUGAAGGAAAUGUAGUAUUAUGUGACAUUUGAGGGCUGUUCUGUUUAUUCAUUCUGGAAUAAAAAAAAAGUAAAUUAUA